CUAGUCCACCCAACUCUCUGUUUUGAAGAAGAUAAGGAGAACGAAACUCUGAUAAAAGAUGGCGCUAGUUGCAGCGUCGUUUGGUCUGGCGACGGGAAAGGCUUCUAUUACAUGCUUCUUCAAGCCCCAAUCUUCUGCUGUAAGAUUGAAGCCCAAUUCCAAUGAGGUUUCGGAGCUAGGGUUUGUUACUUCUCAAUUGAGUGGCCUCAAGAUAUCUCACCAUCAAUGUGCUUCGCCUCACAAGCUUUCUUCACCAAUCAAGCUUCCUAUUCAGCCAGUUGCUCGUAGAAUCUGUCCCUUCACUGGAAAGAAAUCGAACCGGAAGAAUCUUGUUUCCCACUCGAAUCACAAGACAAAGAAGCUGCAGUUUGUGAAUUUACAGUACAAGAGAGUAUGGUGGGAGGCUGGUAAGCGCUUCGUGAAGCUGCGGCUUUCGACCAAGGCAUUAAAGACCAUAGAGAAAAACGGGCUAGAUGCCGUUGCCAAGAAAGCUGGAAUUGAUCUUAGCAAGAAAUAGUUUUGAUUUCCUUGCACAAUGUUGUUUUUGUUGUUAAAGAUGUUACUCACAUUUUCCAUUUUUCAAUGAUAUUGUGUUACAAGUUGUUGGUGAUUUUAGGUAGC